UUUGACAGCCCGCAAAUGAAAAGUAAAAAAAUCGAUACAAAAAUAAACAAAAUUCAAAGAAAAUCCAUGAAAUUUUCAAUAAAACUUGAAAACUAUUCCAAAUUAUUAUUUACAAAGUAACUAUUCCCAUUUAAUAUGAUUAAUAUCUAAAUAAUACAACAUUCCAAAAUGUGGAUAACACAUGCCAUUCUCGUCCACAUCGCCCUACUCGGUUCAAUUUUCGUUAUCUACUUUCGUUCACCUGUAAUAACCGGCCUUCAUCCACAAAAGAACUUGCCAAAUCCUCCAGCCAAACGAUUAGUUUUAAUUGUCACCGAUGGACUUCGAGCUGAAUCAUUUUUCAAAAAUCAAUGCGCCGAUAUACCACACAUUCGUCAACUAAUUCGUUCUCAAGGAUUAGUUGGCAUUUCACAAACUCGAGUUCCAACUGAAUCUCGUCCCGGACACAUUGCACUCAUAGCUGGAUUGUAUGAAGAUCCUUCCGCUGUAUUACGUGGCUGGAAAGCAAAUCCAAUAGACUUUGAUAAUGUCUUUAAUCGCAGUGAACAUACCUACGCUUGGGGAGCGAUGGAUGUUUUACAUAUUUUCUCAAAGAUUACAGCCGAAAAUACUCUUAUGAUUGAUGCAUAUGAUGAGUAUGAUUUUAGUGGAAAGGACAAUUCCUCCGCUGUUGAUCAGUGGGUUUUUGAAAGAGUUAAAUUGUUCUUAAACCGAAGAGGUGAAUCAUUGCAAAGGGAAGAAGGUGUUGUCUUCUUUUUGCAUCUUCUUGGUUUGGAUAUUGCUGGUCAUAUCCACAAACCUGGAUCAGAGUUGUUCCUCGAGACACUCCAUAGCACCGAGAAGGGAGUUUACGAAAUGUACCAAAUCUUUGAGAAAACAUUCCCUGACCAAAAGACCGCCUAUGUUUUAACAUCCGAUCAUGGAAUGACGAAUCAUGGUUCUCAUGGUGCUGGAGAUCCUCUAGAAACUGAAACUCCAUUCCUAGUCUGGGGAGCUGGUGUGAACAACUGGAAAGAAGCCUCCAAAUCUCAGAAGACAAUUGAAAUUGAUGGCAUUACUAUUCCUCUAAUCAACAUCGAACAAGGGCAAGCUGCACCUUUGAUGUCCUCGCUCAUUGGCCUUCCACCGCCGAUGAAUAGCUUCGGAAAGCUUCCCAAGGAAGUACUCAAUGUAUCAUCGGAAUACAUGGCAACGGCUUCCUAUACCAAUGCCCUCCAAUUGAUAGCUCAAUUUGAGGCAUUGUUUAAAGCAUUCAAUCAAGGAGCCUUUUCUAACUAUCUACCAUCGUUCAAAGCCCUCAAUGAAUACUCAAUUAGUCAGUUCAGAUCAAAAAUAGAAAAAAUCAUGAAGUCUAGCAAUUUCGACCAAAUAAUUGACGAUUCGUUUAUCCUGAUGCAGAAGGCUCUGGAUGGGAUUGAUUACUAUCACACCUAUUAUCAGAAUGUUUUGCUUUUUUGCACAAGCUUGUCGCUUUUUAUUUGGAUGUUUUGUUUGAUAACAUUCUUUGUCAGAGGAAGACCCAUGACAUCGGUGAAAAUUUUCACUAAACCAAUGAUUUUGGGCCUGGUUUUGUUAAUUUAUAUCUUUCUACAGAAAAUUCCCAUAGAAGUUGGCUUCUACAUAAUUCUUCCAGUCCUUAUAUGGGCUCUUGCAUUACAGAGUUCCCAAGGUAAACAGCGAUGGUUGAAAUCCUUGAUAACCAGGAGGAAUUUGACAAUAAUCUUGGUUGUAAUUCUUGGAGCUAUUUUGAUGGUUACAUCAUUCUUCAAGCGAGAGUUCAUUACUCUUGUGUUUCUUAUGUUUGCUUCGCUCAAAUUGAAGUCAAUUGCAGGAAAGAAUAUCAAGUUUGCCCUGUGGUCUGGGAUGAGUCUUAUACUUUGUACAUUCCCUCUUCUUUCUGAUGUUAUGGGACAGAAAAACGAUAUUCUUCUCCUGAUUGGAGCUGUACUUACCCUUACUCGGGGUUUCUUAGUCAAAUCGAAUCUUCCUAAAUGGAUGUAUGGAAUUGCAAUUGUUGGAUUGCUUAAUGCAGCUUUUUGUGUAUUUAAACAUAACAAUCUCGAACCAGUGCCAUUAAUUUGCCGAAUAGUUUCAUGGUUUUUCCUUAUUCAUUCUCUGGCAGCGCCAUUCUAUGUACCGAGUAACUCUCUCAAAUCUCAAGUAGAAAUAGUUUUUUUCAGUCUGUCCACAGGCUAUGUCCUGCUGUGUACAAGUUUUGAAGUCAUAUUUGUUGUUCUUCUAGGUUCUCAGCUUAUGCUUAGCUUCUCACACAAAAUAGAAAGACAAACCCAACUAGACUCUAUACGAAAUGAUGAUGAUUUGGCAGAAUCAUUUGAGUAUGCUUUGGCCAUUCUUUUGUACACUUUGUUCACAUUCUUUGGUACUGGGAAUACUGCUUCGGUGAGUUCAUUCGAUCCAAAUGUAAUGCGUUGUUUUAUAACAACAUUCUCACCAUUCAUUAUUAUGGGUUUGGUAAUAUUGAAAUUAUUCUUGCCGAUGUUGUUAAGUGUGGUCAUUAUUUAUGGAACAAUUGGUCCAAUGUUGAAUGAAGAGAAAGUAUUUAUUGCUAUGUUAUUCAUAUGCGAUGUUAUGGGAUUGAAUUUUCUAUUUUUGGUUCGAAAUAAAGGAUCAUGGUUGGAAAUUGGUUCAUCGAUAUCACAUUUUGUUAUAAUGGAAGCUACCACAUUGGUUCUUGUGGCGACAACUUAUAUUGUAAAGAUGUAUUUGAAAAUGCCAUUGACAAGAAAACCAUUUGCAAAGAUCAAAUAAAUUAAAAUUAAAAAAAAAAGAAAAAUAUGUAAAUCUUUGGACUUUAGAUAAGUUAUUUUGUUGAUUUUUUCUAGAAAGCAUUUAUUAUAUUGUUAAAAGUAUUAUUAAAUUUUUAAUAAAUAAAUAUUUAAAAUCUUGUAUUAAAAAUCUGAAAUUUGUUUCAGAAGUUGCAUAUUGUAUUGUUAGGUAUUUAAAUAGAAUCGAGUAUUUGUGAAAUCUUAUUCAGUUCAAUAAAUGCAUUUUAAAGGAAAACAGGCGCUUGAAUCAAUUUAUUCAAAUACAUACUACAAAAAUAAAUUACCACAAUUAAAGCGCUAAGGGGAUGAAUUUCCUAUGUGACAUUUUUUGAAUUAUUACUUUUUUUAUCUAUUGAUUCUAGAUUUUUCUUUAAGCAUAAAAUAAUUUGGUCGAAUAAGUAUAAACGCUGCAAUUAUUUUCCAACUCCAAAACCUACAAAAAUUCAACAGAAAAUUGAAAACUUAUAGAUCUGGCUGCGUGAGUUGUUCGAUUUGUGUAACCUUUAAAAUUGUAUAUUCAGUUCUGCCAAUGGAAAAACUUAAAAAAAAUAUUCAAGUUUAGCUCUUGUUAAAUUUUAUUACGAAUUUCAUACGUAUGAACCCCCAAAGAC